AUGAAUAUGAGCUCUGGACGUGUCAAAGUGUUGUGCGAGCGCAUAAUGAGUCGAGGCUACGAGCCGCGCGUUUCUCGCCUGAUGGAAAAAGUCAAAGCUGUCGUUCGUGCGCAACCCGGUUUUGUCUCUAUUGACACGUAUGCACAGAUAGACGACCAGACUAAAUACGUUGUCUUCUCUGAGUGGAAAUCGAAAAAGGAUCUUGACACAUGGCUAGCUAGCGAAGAAUUUCAAACGUGCACGCAACAAAUCAAUGAAUUGCUGGAUGUACCAGGACUGAACAUGCGCGUCUUUAAAAUCCCUAAGGACAAUGUCUUUCUUUUAUAA